GGAAGUCCCGCGGUCUUGUUUCCUCAGAGUCUCCCCCAACCGCGGCGCCCAGAAGACUUGCUUCCGGCCUCCGGUGGGCGCCGGCUGGGGUCUCGGUGCGCUCCGGAGUGGUAUCCUGGGAGCACCGUCCUGCCGGACGCGGGAGCCAGAAACCCUGGCAGCGGCCGCGCCCCGAGAGCGCCGCUCUGGGCGCUAGGCCCGUGCGGGGCCAUGAACGGGACCGCGAACCCUCUGCUGGACCGCGAGGAACAUUGCCUGAGGCUCGGGGAGAGUUUCGAGAAGCGGCCGCGAGCCUCCUUCCACACCAUUCGCUAUGACUUUAAGCCAGCAUCUAUAGACACUUCAUGUGAAGGAGAGCUUCAGGUUGGCAAAGGAGACGAAGUCACAAUUACACUGCCACAUAUCCCUGGAUCCACACCACCAAUGACUGUGUUCAAGGGAAACAAACGGCCUUACCAGAAAGACUGUGUACUUAUUAUUAAUCAUGACACUGGUGAAUAUGUGCUAGAAAAACUCAGUAGCAGCAUUCAAGUAAAGAAAACAAGAGCUGAGGGGAGCAGUAAAAUCCAGGCCCGAAUGGAACAACAGCCCACUCGUACCCCACAGCCAUCACAGCCACCACCACCUCCACCACCUAUGCCAUUCAGAGCUCCAAUGAAGCCUCCAGUUGGACCCAAAACGUCUCCCUUGAAAGAUAACCCCUCACCUGAACCUCAGUUGGAUGACAUCAAAAGAGAGCUGAGGGCUGAAGUUGAUAUUAUUGAACAAAUGAGCAGUAGCAGUGGGAGCAGCUCCUCAGAUUCUGAGAGCUCUUCGGGAAGUGAUGACGACAGCUCCAGCAGUGGAGGCGAGGACAAUGGCCCAGCCUCUUCUCCACAGCCUUCACACCAGCAGCCCUACAACAGCAGGCCUGCCAUUGCCAAUGGAACCAGCCGGCCACAAGGAAGCACCCAGCUUAUGAACACCCUCAGAAAUGACUUGCAGUUGAGCGAGUCUGGCAGUGACAGUGAUGACUAGCACUGGAUCUUUGAAAAUCUACUUUUUGGUGCACAAACAUGCUGCAAGACCAGGCUGCUCUAGCGUGGAGUCCAUUACCAAGAGGAAAAUGUUAUGGAUCAGUGACUGUAGUAGGAGUUUGAGGCUCUGGAGCAUUCAGAUAUUCAAGUCUUUAACUUAGUGGUGAUGGGUGAUUUUCUCAUGUAAUUUUUGAACAAUCUCACGUUUCAAAGUAGAUCUGUAGAAGAACUAACAGAAUUAUAUUUCUAUUUAGUUAACAUUGUUAAUGAGAAACAGACAAAUGUGCCCUAAUCUAGGUUACUCAGAGGCCAUUCCUUAACCAGGCCAGUCAAUUUGGCCAAGUAGUCUGCACUAGUGAAAUGAAACAGUCUUUAAGGGGAUAAGGACAGAGGAGGAAACCUCAAACAGAAAUAUGUUUAAACCACUUUAAAUUGUUGACACAAAGUGGUAAGGAAGUUUUGUCUGGCUCAGCCUGAUAAGCCUAGGUAGAAAUGGACUUCAAGACAGAGUGCUUGAAUGUCAGCUGGCUGGGACCCAGGAGAUCUGCUGGCUGAACCCUCCAUUUACAGACUAGGAAAGGGAAGCACCCAGCUAGCUAUGGCCAGUCUCCUAUGCACUGCCUGCCCCCUUCCCAGGCUUUUCUCUCUACUCCUUCCCUUGAAUCUCAUUUAUUGGAAUCAGAUUCUUAUGUGUGGGACUUUUAGGUGUACAUUGGAGCUUUGAUUAGAUUCCAAAAGACAAAAGCCUUGGGUACUUCUAGCUUGAAUUCAGAUCCACACAGUUCCUGAAUACGUAAAGCUGAGUGAGCAAACUAAAUCAGCAGCCAUUGUGCUGAUGUGUGUGACUGAAUUAAGCUGGGGCUUUUGGUUCCACGUGGAUCUAUACAAAGUGUUCUACAGCCAUUGGAUUUGAGCAGGGGGAGGCAGGAGUACAAGAGAGGUGUAGUGAAGAACCUCUCUGAACAAAUGAACUAGCAGUAAGUUUCCAAGCACAGGAAUCUAGAUAGGAGUUCUGCAGUAUGAAAUGACACAGUCUUUGAUAGGGUAUGUCUGUGCAUGCUUUUGUACCACUGUCUGUGCCUGACUCCCAGACUAAUUUGUAUUUUUUAUAUACAACUAGAAGAAAGUCACAAGAUUGCCUUCUACAAUGUACAGUUUCUAAAUGAAUCUGUUGUUGCAGGAAACUGGUCACUAGUAAAUGUUCCAUAUGGAGUGAGUGUGUGAUAAAUCAUCCUAUAAUUAGUAAGGAGUAGCCCAUUUCUAUAGUUUGAAUGAAUAUGUCCUGGGAAGUUUCCAUCUACUUUUUGGUUUAGCAGGCACCAAGACAGUAAUAAUAAUUUUCCUCUUUGAAAACCCCUACUCAGAUGCCUCUCCCUCCCCAGCUAGUAGAGGAAAGCAGUCUAGACCUAGAAAGGAAGUAGCCUGUGGUAGGGGAUUUUGUUUGUUUAUAGAGUUGACUAUUGUCACCCACAUAGUGACCCCACUGAGCUGGAGAUGGGGACAGGCAGCCAUUGCCUAGCAGCACGCUCACACCACUCCACCCAAGUUGGGGUCACAGGUAUGCACUAUGCCCUGCGGUGGAUUCUCAAUCUGUUGUGUGGUUUCAGUGGAUUUGGUGGCAGGUAGGAACGUACUUAUAGUGGGUUGAUAAUUGCUUUAUGAUUCUUUGAUAAUAACAGCUCAGGGACGGUGAAGGUCAUGAUUGGGAGACUUGAAUUGUUACUGGAUGGGGGAAUUGCUUCACUGCUCUUAACCUGCUCAAACUGAGGCAGGUUCCAGGAACUUGAACUAAAAAUGUCUAUUUAAGUCUUUCUCUUUUUUUCCCUCCCUUUUUUCUUCAAAAGCCUUGAUUUAUAUAGACAGAACUGUGGUUUUUGGCAUGUUGGGCCAAGACUUUUGUUUCUAUAGGAAGUACUUGCAUGUGUCACUGGGCGUGGUGAGUCAAGCUUUCUGAGCUUGAGACCCUUUCCUGUCAUCUGUCCUACCCAACACUGCACAGUUAUUCCAUAGCACAGCUCCAUUUUGUUUUCUGCACAAAGUCUUUGGUGGUUCUGUUCCCAUACCCCCUAGCUUUACCCACCAGAGUAAGGAAUCUUUUCUUUUUGGAAGUCAAGAAUUUUGCCUCACAGAUGGCUUCUCCUAAAUAUAACCUUGUGCCAGCCAAACUGGACUUGUUGUUCCUGCCUCUCAGCCUCUCCACCUAAAAACCCCCCUCCUGAGCCCCCACAGGUGCCAUGUUUUGUCGUCUCUUUCAACCCACAUGGAAUGUCCUGUGUGUACAUACUGACCUUUCUCUUGCUUGCACUUUGGUUGGUAUGAGCUCCUUAAAAGCAGAGACUGUCACUCUCCUCUCUAUGCCCUGGUGUAUCCACAGGAAUAGAUAUUCAGAUGCUUUUAUAGCUUGGGGGAGGAGGAAGAGAAAACUAACCAGAGCAGUACAGGGGAUAGACAUACAGAAAACAUUCCAAUCAUUUGGAGCAGCUGGAAAUAUCCAUGUUGAGUUUCAUGAUUUAGAAGUCUUUAACUGAAUUGUUAAAAUUGCCUUUUCUUUGCUCUGUACGAUGUCUACUAUACUG